GCUAGUGUCGUGACGGGGAGGCGGCACCGCCACCACCCAGCGAGGCGGAGCCUCAGAGGCUGCCGGGGAUUGGGGUUAGAAGCGACGACGGCGUUGCCUCCUCUUCUUCAUGGUUAAUUGGGCCCUUGGCUAGGAGGCACAAAGAUUUCCCUCUUCUCUCAGGUUAUGUUUUUCAAGGAAUAAAAUUAUGGGUUCUGAGGAGAAAGAAAAUGAAUUAUACAGAAUCACAACUUCUCAGCAAGCAUUCUCCUCCUGUUGUGGUGCUGUUAUUACAUCAGUUUUGGUGACACCCCUAGAUGUUGUGAAAGUUCGACUGCAAGCCCAGAGCAAUCCAAACCUGAAAGGAAAGGCUUUUUUGGAUUCUGAUGGCUUGACAGAUCAUGUUUAUCUCUAUGAAAAUGGAACUGGCAAAACUUGGCAUAAGACAGGUGGACGUUUUACAGGCAUGACGGAUGCUUUUGUGAAAAUUGUUCAAAGAGAAGGUGUGAAAGGCCUGUGGAGUGGACUACCUCCAUCACUAGCAGUUUCAGUUCCAACUACAGUAAUUUAUUUUACCUGCUAUGAUCAACUACGUGAUGCCUUCGUUUCUAAAAUAGGAGAAGAUAAUGAUUCCAUUCCACUUAUUGCAGGUGGCAUAGCUAGAUUGUGUGCUGCCACUAUAACAAGUCCGAUUGAAAUGAUAAGAACAAGAAUGCAGUCUCGGCGGUUGGCUUAUAAAAAACUGCUUGCUUACGUUAGUAGUAAUGUGGCCAAAAGUGGUUGGCUUUCACUCUGGAAAGGAUGGGGUCCCACUGUUCUUAGAGAUGUCCCAUUCUCAGCACUGUACUGGUGUAACUAUGAAUACUUCAAGAGGAGGUUGUGUAAGAAAUCAGGUAUACAUGAGCCAACAUUCCUUAUCACCUUCUCAUCAGGAGCAGCAGCUGGUUCUAUUGCUGCUCUAUUUACUUUACCUUUUGAUGUCAUUAAAACACACAAGCAGACUGAAAUGUGGGAACCUGAUGUUACACAUGUAGUUUUGUUUUACUCAGCUUCACAACAGAGGAACAUUCCGGUAUGGAAAGUAAUGAAAACAGUUGUUGCUGAAAAUGGAUUUACUGGAUUAUUUACUGGUAUUAUUCCAAGAAUGACAAAAAUUGCUCCUGCUUGUGCCAUAAUGAUCAGCACGUAUGAAUAUGGGAAAUCUUUCUUCCGUGGAAUAAAUAAAGACAAAGCCAUGAAGAACCAUUAAUGCUGUUUCUGUAAACUUGGUGGCAGCAGUGGCCAGUAUGCAUAGAGGGGUGUACUAAGGUGGUCCAUAACAGAAAUUUUACAUUUUCAAAGUAUAGUUGCUAAGUCCCUUGCAAGCCUUAAAUUUGCUCUGCUCAGCAUGAGGACCUACCUCACAAUACACUGAAGAGUACUCCAGCACAUCCUUCUGCCCUCCUAGGCAGCCACUCAGCCACCCAACACAUGGCCAGCUUUAGAAUAUUCCACUUGGGAGAGUUCUAAAACCCAAGGUCAAAGGAACCAUUUAUCUUACCUGUGAAAGGUGUUUCUCCUUGGUUGUUAAGAUGUCUUGAAGGCCACAAAGAUAAACAGAAGGAAAAUUAUGCUUGAUGAAAACCUGGAGAAUGGAAUGGAGACCUUUGCAUGAUUGCUGCUAGUUAAAAGUCUUUCAGUGGGAGCAAUAGGGAAGAAGAGUGGAGGGCUGGUUUUCUUAGCCCAUCCUUCUGCUGUCAGCGUAAAAUCUUCAAAAAGCAAGCUCUGGCUGCAUGCAUAGUCCUAGCCAAUUCAGGCACAGUUGCUCCCAUCCCCAACUCUCCCAGGCAUCUCUAACAAUUGUUCAUCAGAAGUUACAUCUAUUUGCAUCUUAGUUUUCCUUCUCAAGUGCUUAUCUGCUGCCACCUCUUUCAAUGUUCCCAUUCCCCCUUUAACCCCACCCUUCAUCAUCAAGGCUCUGGCUUAACAUUCCUAGCAUAACAUUUGGGUAGUGGGGAUUAAGUAUACAUUUGUCUAUAUUCAUCCUUUGUUACCUUCUCUUUUCUUCCUCCACUGAUUUCCCCAUUGUUGAAGUUUAGACUGUAGAUUAUAGUCUUAUCAGGGUAUAGAUCUAUUGGUAUUACUCAAAAGCCGUAUCUAUGGAUGAUAAUGUACAAUCAAUUAACAUUGUGCAAUUAAAAUGCAACCCUUAAGCCAUGUUUAGGAUGGCUACUGGUAAAGGAAGAAUAUUUUCUUGCAGCUUAACAAAGCAAGUGCUCUUGGAACAUUCAAGUAUUACUGGUGUGAAACUGGAUACCACAAGUUUCUAAUAAAAGCAAUCUGUAAUGCAAA